AUGGCGGCGGCGGCUGGGGGAGCGGAGGGGCUGUUCGCGCUGGAGCUGUGGGUGGAGGCGGUGCGGGUGUGGGCGCCGGGACCCACGCUUUGCCCGGCCGUGGCGCUGCGCCUCUUGGACUUCCCCCCGCUCCUGCUGCGCCCCGCCGCCGCCGCGGCGCCCCUGGGCCCGGGGCAGCCCUUCCCCUUCGGCCGCGGCAAGCGCUGCCUCUUCCGCUGGCGCCGGGGCUCGCUCUGCGCCGCGCUCCGCUGUCGCCCGCUCCGCGCGCUGCUGCUGGCGCUGCCCGCCGGCCUCGCCCCGGGCCCUCCCCGCCUUCUCGGCAGCUGCGACGUCCCCCUGGCCCCCGCCGCCGCCGCGCUGCUGCAGCGGCCCGAGGCGCCUGACUCCUGCGGCCGCCGUGGCCUCUUCCCGCUGCAGGAUGCCGCGGGCCGCACUGUUGGGGAGCUGGACUUGGGCUACCGCCUCACCAUGCUGGAGGCCGGGGAGGAGCCGCCCCUGCCGAGCCCCGCAACCCCCGGCAAUGUCACGCAGCCUGCUGCCCCCCCUGAGCCGAGGGUCGAGGAGGAAGAAGAGGAGGAGGAUGAGGAGGUAGAGGGCAAUGUCUUUUGCCCACCUGUGCUCUAUUACAGCCGUGAGGCUGCUGAGCCUCAUCUGCCACCAGCACCAGCUGCUGGGCAGUGGUGCUAUGGCAAGGUUUGGAGACCGCAGGACAAAGACAAGGGCCAGAACCCCCCACGGUCCAGUGCUGGGCCCUCAUUGCUGCACCCCACGAGCUCUCAACAGCUCCCCAACCCCCUGGGACAGCUGCCACUUCUCAGCGCCUUGCUGGCAGAGCUGUUGGUGCUCACCCACGGCACUGCGUCUGAUGCUGCCCACCCACAUCUUGCAUUACUCAACCAGGCCCUGGGGAGUGCUGGCAUGGCCUCGUGGCCCCCCAGCCACAGUCAUUCAUCUGCCCUCAAGCCAGCAGAGGCACCUGUGGGGCCUGGAGGGAGCAGAGGAGCUGCCAGCCCUCGACUCCAGCAAGGCCAGCAAGAGGCUAUCUCACCAGGGUCUUCUCAGGCUGGGAAAGGACCUAAGAAAACUGUACUUAGGGGAGAGACAGGCUCUGAAAGGAACUGCAAAACUAAGGAAAACAGACCUCCCAGAAAAAAAUUGUUGUAUGGGCUGACAAACACACUGAGGCUACGGCUACAGCAGACCAACCCUGAUAAGCUGAUAAUUCAUGAAAGGAGAGAGCAGUACAGGAAAAAGCAAAUGGAGAUGCUGAAAGAGAAAAGCCCUUUAUCCAAAAGAAAGCUGCUCGGAAAUUCUGAGGAACAGCAUAUUGUUUCUUACAGACGUAGCAAGGGAAACAGCUCGAAGCAGAAUAGUUGUCUUGAUAAAGCUGUUCAGACUUCAUUAGAAAACAGUGCUCUCACAGAGUACAUUUCCUUGACAGGAUAUGUGUCCCCUGACCUGCAGAGACAGACUGCUGCAAGUCUACUGAACAAUGAUGAAAUUGAAAGCAAGGAACAUUCAUGCAAAAUAACUACAGUCCCCUUACUGGAGGAAAGUGUGUUGAAAUCUUCUCACAAGGGAAAGUAUACAAAAAGCCAACUUGCAGCAGCUUUCCCAUCAGAUGAGAAUGCAAAGGGAAGUAAUGAGGAAGCAAUACAGUUAAUCCAUCGUAAAAUCACAGAGCAUGAUGAUGCAUCUGUUGUAAGUGAUCAUAAACCAAGCCCCAGCAGGAGUGUUGAAAACAACUCUGAAUUCAUAUACUCAGAUGACUUCAUUGCUAGUCCCGAGGAUACAGUUUAUUCAGAAGAUUUCACCAGUGCUGAAUGCAUGGGCAGAAACUUGGAAGCUCUUGAUAGCAGUCCUGAACCUCUGUGGCUUGAAAGCCCAAAGCAACGUUGGUCAGAUGCAGAGCCAGAAUCCAGCAGGUCCAGAACUUCAAAGACAAGUCAAAGACCUGAAAGUACUUCAGGUCUUCUGCCAGUGCCCUCAGCUUCAUCUCCAGUCCAGUCUUUGAAGAGAAACCGUUUAAAAACCAGCAAGAGAGCUAGUGAUGAAUCUGUAGAUUCACUUAACCUUGCUGGAAUGGAGGCAUCAUUAGGUGAAGAGCAGGAAGCCCAACAGAGCAGCAAGGAAGAGAACGGGAAUGGUCAGCGUACUAAACAAGUAUCUACACUGAGGAGUGAACAAGUUAGCUCCCAUUCUGUUCUGAGUAUAGGAAAGGGGCAGAUUGCUGCAGGAAAAAGCCAGCCAAUAACUCUAGUUAGCUUUGAGUUGCCAUCUGACAUGUCUGAUCAUGAACCUAGUGUCCUGGCAAACAGCAUGUCAGACAAAGAGGAUGAUUUUCUGGGAGAACUGCAUGUCCUUAAUCAACACAAAGACAUCAGUGAACUUGUCUUAAGUAAGCUUCCAGGAUAUACAAUGUAAUUACAAGUUUUCACUAUCUGGAUUAAGAUAUUUAAACUUUAUAAAGCCUGCUACAUUUAGCUGCAAUGUGUACAAGUUAAGACUUUAUCCCGCACAUUUAAUACAUUGGUGGGUUUGCUUUAAGGUAUUUCUAAAAUAAACUAUUUCAAUCUAAUGAAUGGCUCUGAAGUGGUACCUACAGCAUGACUUCAGU